AUGUCGAGAAGCCAUACAAGCAAUACCUUUGCCGACGGCAAACAGUACUUCUUGAUCACAAAUGUCACAACAACCAGUAACGCGAACACUGAAUUCGAUCUUCAGGCUGAAGCAUGGAGAUUGCCAUAUAAUAUUGACGACUCUGAUCUGACUUUCGAUGGAACACCAUUGAAUAUGCUAUAUGAAGAAAAUCGAUAUAUGGCAGAAGCACAUGUGACCAGCCACUCACAUGACUCUAAACCGCAUGAUAACUCCAGAGGACGUGGGAGAAGUCGCCAGAAGAAGUAG